CUGGUUCAAGUCAACGGGACAAGUAUUUAAAAACCAUAUCUUACAGUUACAAACGUGAAGCAGUUCCGAGAAAUUCCAGGACGUGGCUUCAAUCUUCAUAUGUUUCAUCAUCAAACAAACGAUCCUAUUCACUCUCGCCCCUGCCACCCCACCGGCCACCACCACCACCAACAAGGCAAGUAGUAACUAAAAGCACAUUCGAAGAUGCAUUGGGUUUUUCAGCAAUCUUUAUCUGCGGAUAAUUCAUAUGGUGCCCCAUCGUCGGCAACCACCGUGUCUUCCAGUUUCCCAGAUUAUACCCAACAUAAUCAAGCCGAUUCCUCCUCUUCUGGAGAGUCUCAUCGAUUUAAAACCUCAAACGCAGACCACCCAUCUCCAGCUUUAUCAUCAUCGUGUUCAUCAUCAUCUCCAAUUGGCGGUGGCUCCCUUGCCCUUUUAACCGAGUUUCCUUCAGUAUUCCCAGUUCACUCUCAAGAACUCUUCCAUCUCCUAGUUGCAUUUGCUGAAGCCGCUGAAGAAAAUAAUUUCGUUCUCGGAGUUUUCCUUUUCAAUCAAAUCCGUUCCUCUGCAAACUCUCAGGUCGGGGCGGUAAGUAAGAUCGCCGUGUUAUUUGCCAAUGCCUUAUCUUUCAAAAUGUUCAGAAUCGGCCCACCGUCUAGCUGGUAUUGUUCGACGCGUCUCGAGAAUCAGUUAUAUGAGGAAUGCCCUUAUGUCAAACUCGCUCAUUUCACAGUUAAUCAAGCAAUACUUGAAGCAUUUGCAGGCAAAACACGAGUCCACAUUAUUGAUUUCUCCAUAAGACAGGGGACGCAGUGGCUUGCUUUGAUGCAAGCUUUUGCGCUGAGGCCUGGUGGACCACCCAAGUUUCGGUUAACCGGGAUUGGACCUCGGGUUAGUAGUGACUUUGAUCAUCUUCAAGAAGUGGGCUGGAAAUUGGCUCAGGUGGCGGAGACGUUGGACAUUGAGUUUGAAUAUAGAGGAUUUGUAGCCCAGAGUUUGGAUGAUCUUGAUGCGAAUAUGCUUGAGCUCAGACCCACUGAGUCUGAAUCCAUUGCUGUUAAUUCGAUCUUCGAGUUGCAUAAAUUGUUGGGCAAACCAGGAGCUAUUGAUAAGGUCCUGUCAAUGGUGAAACAGAUGAAACCAGAGAUUUUUACCAUAGCUGAGCAAGAAGCUGACACUAAUGAUCCAAUUUUCCUGAACCGCUUCAUCAACUGUUUGCAUCAUUACUUGGCACUGUUUGAAUCACUGCAGGGUUCGACAAUAACCCAAGACGAGCGAACUUCAGAUCUCUAUUUCGGUUUGCAGAUUCGCGAUAUCCUGGCCUAUGAAGAGUGGAACAGAAUUGAGAGAUAUGAGAAGCUGACUGGGUGGCGAGCUCGAUUGGGGUCUGCUGGGUUUGAGCCGACUCAUACUGGUUCAAACGCGUUGAAGGAAGCAAGAACGUUGUUGUGUCUACUUGCUGGUGAUAAUUCUAAAGGGUAUACGUUGGAGGAGAAUAAUGGGUGUUUGAUGGUGGGCUGGAACAAUCUGCCGCUAAUUGCUACCUCCGCUUGGCGGCCCGGCAUCUAAUCUGCAUGGUGCUUUAUUGAGUAACAUGCAGCAAUCGAUUCAUCUUCACUCUUAAUUCAUAUGAAUUCCUCCAUGUUAAUCUACUAAAACCUCACGAAUCAACAGUGUCGAGCACUUCUUUUUCA